CACAUCUCCAACCAUCCUGUUUAUCCCACAGUUGAGAAUUGAGUGAACCAGAAAGAAGAAGAAGAAAGAAAAAAAAUGGCAGAGGAAGAAAACAGAGUGAUUCUGCACGGGUUCUGGGGUAGCCCAUUCGUGAAGAGGGUAGAAAUGGCCCUUAAACUCAAGGGCAUACCCUACGAGUACGUUGAAGAGGAUCUACGCAACAAGAGCCCCGCCUUACUUACCCACAACCCCGUCACCAAAAAGGUCCCCGUCCUCGUCCACAACGGAAAACCGGUGGCAGAGUCCCUCAUCAUCAUCGAAUACAUCGACGAAGUUUGGAAGACCACCGGGCCCAAAUUGCUCCCCGACGAUCCGUACAAACGGGCCCGAGUCCGGUUCUGGGCCGACUUUCUCCACCGCCAGGUGAUGGAGGCGGUGCUGGUGAUCUUGAAAACUGAUGGGGAGGCGCAGGAGAAGGCGGUGAAGGAGCUGGAGGAGAAGCUGGUGGUUUUGGAAGGCGGGCUGAAGGAAGAAGGUGUGUUUGGGGAUAAUGGAGGGAUUAGCAGCGCGGGGAUGCUGGAGAUUGUGAUGUGUUGGUGUUUCGGGGCGUACGAUUUGGGGGAGGAGGUGCUGGGGGUGAAGAUUGUGGAUUGGGAGAAGAAGGCUCCGUUGGUGUAUUCGUGGUUGCAGGGGAUCAGAGAGAUUCCUGUGGUGAAGGAGAUUGCGCCUCCUAAGGAGAAGAUGCUGGCCACGUUGCGGUUCAUUCGACAGAGUGCUCUUGAAUCUAAAAAUCUUGCCGUGUCCUCCUCCUGAAGAGGAAUCCAUCUUGAUUCAGGCUGCGUGCAGCGUGCUGGCUGGAUUGAUUGCCCUUCUGUUUAGCUUCUUGUUGUUGCCUUUUGUGCUCCUCUGUUUCGUGGUAGUUGUUUUGGACCAGGACGAGGUCCGGUGCUUGUUUCAUCUGGGUUGUCCCUUGUUUGUUGUCGAGUCCAAGUAUUGAUUCCUUUUUAUCAUUGAAUAUGAAACCCCCUAUAUAAAGGAGUCGAACUUGUUAAACUGAAAGAUCAACUUAUCCAACAAUACCACAGUUCUUUACAAUCUUAAGUCAUUUGAACUUAAUAUCACUAGCUUUGUACCCGGCCAAAUCUUAUUAUUUAUACGGAUAAAGAGGAUGUUCGGUU